AUGGCAAAUAGUAAUAAUCCUUUACAAACUGAUCAUUUUAAUUUUAAUGAAAAUAAUUAUUUUGGUAAUUUGAUUCCGGAAACUAAUUUCCAAGGGGAACCUACUGCAAACAUUAAUGACGGCUACAACAAUAGCCUUCCCACGAUGAACGAUAAUUCGAUGUUUUACGGGAGUGCGGUCUCGCAUCAUCAACAACAAAUGGCCGGCUCUAAUUCUUCAAUUCAAUUAAUCCCUCCGUCAUAUGGCUCACGUUAUAUUGGUCAUGCUAAUUCUGGCGAAGAACAAAAUCCCCCGAUGUCCAUGUCCACUAAUAAUAUCUCUUUGAACGUCAUGGCUACCAAUCUACCACCCCAAUCAAAUUCUGGAAUUUUCAGAUUUGAAAUUCCUGGUUUCAGAAUUAUCGUCAUUCCGAUUGAAAAUAUAAAUGUACAAGAAGAGCAAAGUUAUUUAAAUAAUUCUUCCCCAAACAUUAAUACAAAUAAUCCUCAAUCUCAAUUUCAACAAGCUUUUCAUAAUUUAAUGUAA